GAAGCAUCGAUAAUAUAUUACCGAAAAGACAUCGAAAUGCAUUCCACCUCUAUCUGACAGACCAUCUGGUAACACUAAAUUGACAGACGGCAGACAAAGCACUAGCGCACAGAAGUGACAGAGACAGAGCACACACCGCACGCACUCCCAAGGAAGAGUCGAUCCUCCUGAAAUCCUACUUCCUGCACAACUGAAUCUAUCAGAGACAUGAUUCUUGAAAGAACCCGGAGGCGCCAAAUGGCCAUUCUACUGCUGGCCGUUUUGCUGGCCGCCAUUGUUGGACAAACUGAAUCACAGAAAUCUGACAAACAUGCGCCAGGAAGUACGUGCUCAUCCAGGAUAAGGUGCAACACUUGCAUCCAAACGGAGGGUUGCGCCUGGUGCAUGCAGCCGGGCUUCAAGGGCCAGUCACGUUGCUUCCAGAACUCAAGCACACUAUGUCCGGAGGAAUUCACCUAUAGUCCGAAAUCCGAAGAGUUUAUUAUAUCGAAUGAAGAACUAACCCUGGCUACCGGUGGCGGUGCCGCUGCCACUGUCACUGCCACUGCCGCUGCCGCUGCCGCUGCCGGUGCUGGUGCUGGUGCCGGUUUGGAGCAAGGCUCAGGUUGGAGCCACAGCUCUGGCAAAAUUGUCCAAGUCCAGCCACAGUCUAUGAAACUCGAAUUGCGAGUCAAUGAGAAACACAUGGUCAAAGUUAGCUAUUCCCAGGCGCAGGGAUAUCCCGUGGAUCUCUACUACUUGAUGGACCUGUCAAAAUCUAUGGAAGAUGACAAGGAGAAGCUGUCUAAGCUCGGCGACCAACUGUCCACUACCAUGAAAAGAAUCACCCAGAAUUUCCGUCUGGGUUUCGGUUCCUUUGUGGACAAGGUGCUUAUGCCCUAUGUCUCCACCAUAGAAAAAAAUAUUCAGCAGCCGUGCGCUAAUUGCAGUGCAACAUAUGGGUAUCACAACGUCAUGCCCUUAAGUCAAAACACAACAAAAUUUGCUACCGAGGUAAAAAGUGCUAAUGUGUCUGGCAAUUUGGAUGCUCCCGAAGGUGGCUUUGAUGCCAUUAUGCAGGCUAUUGCUUGCAGACAGCAAAUCGGUUGGCGCGCACAGGCCCGUCGCCUGCUCGUCUUCUCAACGGAUGCUGGAUUCCAUUAUGCUGGCGAUGGUAAACUGGGUGGAGUAAUUGCACCUAACGAUGGCGAGUGCCAUCUGAAUUCCGUUGGCGACUACACUCAUUCGACCCUGCAGGAUUAUCCUAGUAUCUCGCAAAUCAAUCAGAAGGUCAAAGAAAAUGCCAUUAAUGUUAUAUUCGCUGUAACGGCCAGCCAGUUGUCUGUGUACGAACAGUUGGUAAAACACAUUCAGGGCUCUUCGGCUGCCAAGCUUGAUAACGAUUCAUCCAACGUUGUUGAACUGGUCAUUAAUGAGUAUAAUAAAAUUUCUUCGUCUGUGGAGAUGAAGGACAAUGCCACUGGAGAUGUAAGAAUCACUUACUUCUCGUCCUGUUUGGGUAAUGGACCUGAACUGCCGACUUCUAAGUGCGACAAGUUGGGAGUGGGCCAGAAGGUUACCUUCACCGCCCACAUCCAGUUGCUGAAGUGCCCAGAGGAUCCUCGCGAUUGGACACAGACGAUUCACAUUUCGCCCGUGGGCAUAAACGAGUACAUGGAAAUUCAGCUGAAGAUGCUGUGCUCGUGUCCUUGCGAACAGCCUGGAUCACCUGAUUAUCAGGAGCAUGCAGAGAGCUGCAGUCGCCACGGCACAUCCAUGUGCGGCAUCUGCAGUUGCGAUGAUAAUCAUUUUGGCAACAAAUGCGAAUGUUCCGCAACAGAUAUAACUUCAAAGAAUGCCAAUGAUGCCGGUUGUAGGGCGGAUAACACCACCACAACAGAUUGUUCUGGUCGGGGUAACUGCGAUUGCGGUGUUUGCCAGUGUCAUAAACGACCAAAUCCUGAAGAAGAAAUAUCUGGAAAAUACUGCCAGUGCGAUAACUUUAGCUGUGAACGGAACAAGAACCAAUUGUGCUCCGGUCCGGAUCAUGGCACCUGCGACUGUGGCCGAUGCACCUGCAAGCCGGGCUGGACGGGCACCAAUUGCGCCUGCCAAGAGUCAAAUGAUACUUGUAUGCCACCUGGUGGCGGUGAGAUCUGUUCCGGUCAUGGUACCUGUGAAUGUGGAGUCUGCAAGUGUUUCGUUAACGAACAGGGACGCUUUUCUGGUCGCCAUUGCGAGAAGUGCCCCACUUGCUCCGGAAGGUGUCAAGAGCUCAAAGACUGCGUCCAAUGCCAAAUGUACAAGACGGGCGUAUUAAAGAAUGGCGAUGAUUGCGCCAGCAAUUGUACUGCUUUUGUACCUGUGGGCGUUGAAAAGGUAGAGAUCGAUGAGCAUAAGGACGAACAGAUGUGCACCUUCUUUGACGAGGAUGACUGUAAAUUUAUGUUCAAAUACAGCGAGCAAGGUGAGCUGAAAGUCCAUGCCCAGGAAAACAAGGAGUGCCCGCCGAAGGUGUUCAUGCUGGGCAUUGUCCUAGGCGUAAUUGGAGCCAUUGUGCUGGUGGGUCUGGCUAUUCUGUUGCUUUGGAAGCUGCUGACUACGAUUCACGAUCGUCGGGAGUUUGCUCGCUUCGAGAAGGAGCGCAUGAACGCCAAAUGGGAUACGGGCGAAAAUCCCAUCUACAAGCAAGCCACCUCCACCUUCAAGAACCCCAUGUAUGCGGGCAAAUAAAUCCGAUAUCUAACUAAUUAUUAGGGAAAUAUAACUUGUGUCGUUGAAACUACACGACUACUGUCUGUGCUUGAAUCGGAAACCAGAAAGGAAAAAAAAACAUCUAACCAAACCAAUAACCACCAACAAACAAUCUUCAGAACCGAGUCCAAAAACAUCGACAAAGCUGCUUUGCCUGGGUGCAAAACCACUGAAGUCAACUGCCAUUGAAACGCGUUCUAAACUAAGUCAACCUUAUAUAUAUAUAUAUUUAUAUAUACAUUUACACCAGAACCCUACCGUGGGUACAGCCUUUAUACAUUGCGUAUACUUAACGAGCAAACGAUUUGUGCCUUGCAACAUAUUUUAGACUAUAUCUAAACGUAUAUAAACGAGCAAGAAAACAGACAACGCACAGCAGCAAAAACAUGCAGCCGAGAAACGAAAAAAAACAGCCAGCAAUUGAACUACGAACGAUAGUUAGAUAUACGAUUUUUGUGUUCUUUUUUGUAACCAUAGUAUCCAAGCCAGCGUAUAAAUUUGUAUUUUAUUUUACUCCUAAUUUGUAAAAUUCGUUUUGUAUUUCCCUGUAUUUAAAAAUAUUUUCAUCAACCCUAUUAUAUUAUUAUUAACAAGAUGUCCUGCAAUAUAGCGAUGUAUUUAACUGAAACGAUCCCGGCAAACGGCUAGAAAUGGGAAACCUUACUGAUCUGCUACCCACCCAAAAAUGUCGUCCUUCGCCACGUCUUCUAAAUGUUUUUCUAUUGUUUUUAAAGCUAACUUUAAAAUUAAUAUUUAAGCUAUUAACAUUUAAGCUUGUAAUUGUUAAUUUCAAAAUGCUAGAGUGCACCGGAAA